AUGGGCAGCCGGCCCCGCAGCCCCAGCGCUUCCUCUGCAGACCAGUGGGAACAGCAGGCCGAAGGACCCGGCCCUGCCAAGCGCCGUCGAACGGAGGAGCCCACGGACCACGAGUUUGAGGUAGCGCCCAGACUGGACAACGGGAUGGGGACCCCCGACAUGGGAGCGCUCACCUCCCUGGUGGUUUUGGCUGACGGCUAUGCCCUGCAUCUGACCCUGGACGAGGUCGAGCUGGUGCUGGAGCCCGAGCCCACAUCCGUGCUGCAAGUUUCUCUCGGGGAUCACACCCUCGUGCUGAUCCCCGGAGCCCUCCUGGGCUCUAGCAUCGAAUUCCUAGACGGGGAGAGUCACUCAGCCCUUGUUCUGGAACAGGGCUCUUUUCUGACCGCUCCUGGGGAAUGCAUCGCCCUCGAGCAGGGAUUCUAUGGACCUGUCCCAGAGAUCGCUGGCCAAGAAGAGGUCUAUGAGGAGGACGCAGAAGAUGUGUUCCCGCCGGCUGGGAUGAAUGCAGCCACCAGCUCAGUUGCUGGGCUCCUCCUUUCCCCUAGGAGGGCAUCCGACCCAGACCUCUUGGGCCUAGCCCCAGAGCCCUGGCCUCAGGCACCCAACCCUACUCCAGAGAGAGGCUCUCCUCACCACCAAGACAACCUGGACUUGCACGUUCCGGAGUUCUUCCCCGACUCACCACUCCAACCUCUACCUCCCUCUCCUUGUCCAGGUUCUCACGAGCGCCCGCAACACCCUCCUGUUCCUGCUCGAAAGGCCCAGAGACGCCUGUUUCAAGAAUGA